ACAAAAAUGCAAGGGAAUGAAAUUGAAAAAGAAAAAAAUAAUGAAAUAAUUAAUAAACAAACAUUAAAUAAUAAUGAAAAUAAUGAUGAAAAAAUGAAUAAAUUGGAGGAUAGACUUGAACAAGCUGGAAUUGUAAAACCUCCAGAUGGAGCUUUUGGGUGGGCUGUUGUUUUUGCUAGUUUUUGUACAAAUGGAAUUGUUGAUGGAAUUAUUUUUACCGUCAGUGCAAGUCUAGUACCCCGUUGGGAACGUUUUUUCAACAACAACACAGUAACUAAUGUAACUUCUCUUUUGGCUGGCUUUUAUUUACUUUCUGGCCCUUUAGCUUCUGCUUUGGCUAAUUCUUUUGGUUGUAACACUGUUGCCGUUGCUGGGGCUUUUAUUGCUGCAAUAGGCUUUCUUGUUAGUGCCUUAAUCCCUGCUUUGCCUGUUUUGUAUGUUGCUUUUGGAAUUAUUGGGGGAAUUGGUUUUGGACUUGUUUUUCUCCCCGCAAUUGUUAUUGUGGGGCAAUAUUUCUCAGAAAAAAGAGCUUUGGCAACGGGAAUUGCUGUUUGUGGUUCUGGUAUUGGAACUGCUAUUUUUGGGCAGAUUAAUCCAAUAAUUCUCGAUCAUUUUGACAAACUUGUUGGUGAAGAAGAUAGUUGGCGUAUUUUUUUACUUUUUCUUUCUGCAAUAACCCUAACUUGUGCAAUAUUUGGUUGCUUCUUUAAACCUUUAAAACCUUCAAAAUCGCAACUUGAACAAGUGGUUAAAAUUGCGAGUGAAUUUAUGGGAAAAGGUGGAAAUAAUGAGGAAAUAAUAUUGAGAGAGGAAAAUGAAGAAAAUAGUAAAAUUAUUAGAAGGCCUUCUGACACUACAAAAAUUACUCAAGGAGUGGAAAUUGAACGUUUUGUUAAACCUCCCCAAAAUGGAGCUCUUUCACGUCGACGAGUAGAUUCAUUUUCACAAAGAUCUUUUUUAUCAACACUUGAAUUGUUGGCUAGUCGACAUGCACUAGACCAAUCAAGCACUUCAAAUGCCAAUUUGGCAAGAAAAGUCAGCAAAGUUGGAGUUAUCGACCUAAAUCGCCCCCUUAGCCGAAUGGAUGUUUUCUACACCGGAUCAACUCAAAGUUUGGCAAAGAGAACACAAAACAGAAUGCCAAAUUUUAGCGAAAAUAAUUUUUUUGAAAAUAAACAAGAAGCAAAACCUUCAAUUGGAAAAUCUAAUCUUUAUUUGAGUGCUGCUGGUUUACAUACUUUGGAAGGGGCGGCAAAGUCUGGAAUUGUUUCCUCUAAAUGGACUAAUAAUAUUAUUUCUUCCCUUCGUUCAAUGCUUGAUUUGGGCCUUUUACAAAGCCCAACAUUUCUUGUUUUGGCAAUUAGUGGUUUCUUAACACUUUUUUGUUUUUUUGUGCCCUUUGCUUUUAUUGGUGAAUUAGCUGCUAAUAAAAUAUCUUCAACAACAACAACAACAAAUAAUUUUAAUAAAAAUGAUACAAAUAAUUUAAAUAAUUCGGAAAGUGGUUCUGCUUCCCAAUUACUUUUGGUUCUUCUUGGUAAGAAAGAUAUAGAGAAAUUGAGGGACAUUUUCUUGUUUUUAGGCCUUUUUAACGUUGUUGGGCGUGUUUUAUGCGGUUACAUUUCCGAUCACCCAAAAGUCGAUCCUUUAAUUGUUUCAAAUAUUGCUUUAAUUAUUGGCGGAAUAGCUACAGCAAUUGCCCCUUUACUUAAUCAACUUUGGAUGUUUGCUAUUUAUUGUUUUCCUUUUGCUUUUGGUGCUGCCAGUUUUGCAGCUUUACGUUCAAUUAUUUGUGUUGAAUUACUUGGUAUUGAACGCCUUUCUAGUGCUUUUGGAAUGUUAAUGCUUUUUAUGGGAGUUGCUGCUCUUUUUGGUAGGGAUUUUUUCCUUUUUUAUUCUUUAGUUGAAAUAAUUUUUAAAAUAUUCUGAUUUGUAUUUUGCACUCCAUAGUCUGUCCACACCUUUUUCAAUACUCUGUCUAGAUAUAUUAGGAAAGAAAAUUUCUCGAGUAAGGUUCGGGUCGAAAAAAGUCCAGGGUUUUGGAUAACCCGUCCCAUGCCCUGCCAAAGAGAUGCGAAGGAAAAUAAAAAGCGAAUAGACGGAGAUUUCCUUCGCAACUUUUUUAAAACGCAAAAGAUCCAUCCAUGUCUCUUUGGGAUUUUACUUGCCCUAUUUAA